AUGGAGUCUAAGAAGAGUAAACUAUGUGUUUACUUCCAUCUCCUCCUCUUCUUCACUUCAGUGGCUGAAGCUGCUGAUCCUCAAACAGAGUCCCUUCUCAGCUUAAAAUCUCACUUCACCGACGAUCUCAACACCUUUAAAGACUGGUUCGUCAUCAUCACUCCAGGAGUUUCCGACAGCAAACUCGCAUGCUGUUCUUGGUCCGGUGUCCGAUGCAACCAAAACUCCACCUCCAUCAUCUCCCUCGACCUCUCCUCCAAGAACCUCGCCGGAAACCUUCCGGGAAAGCAAUUCUCCGUCUUCACCGACCUCCUUGAACUCAACAUCAGCGACAACUCGUUUUCCGGCGAGUUUCCGGCAGAGAUCUUCAGCAUCACCAGCCUCAGAAGCCUUGACUUUAGCAAAAACAACUUCUCCGGUCGUUUCCCAGACGGUGUCUCAUCCCUCAAGAACCUGAUCCUGCUCGAUGCCCUGAGCAACAGCUUCUCCGGUUCGCUGCCCAUCGAUCUCCCUCGGUUAGAGAAUCUUAAGGUACUCAAUCUCGCCGGGAGUUACUUUACCGGGUCGAUUCCGAGUCAAUACGGUUCUUUCAAGAAUCUCGAGUUUCUUCAUCUUGGAGGGAAUUUACUGAGUGGCCACAUACCACAAGAGCUUGGGGACCUGAAAACGGUGACUCACAUGGAGAUUGGAUACAACUCGUACCAAGGAGUGAUCCCUCGGCAAAUCGGUUACAUGAGUGAGCUCAAGUACCUCGACAUUGCCGGAGCCAACCUCACUGGCUUCUUACCAAAGCAUCUCAGCAAUCUGACAAAGCUUGAGUCUUUGUUCCUCUUUAGGAACCAUCUCUCUGGGGAGAUCCCAUGGGAGCUUGGAGAAGUCACUUCUCUUGUUAACUUAGACCUCUCGGACAACAGUCUCUCCGGAACCAUACCAGAGAGCUUCGCAGGCUUGAAGAAUCUCAGGCUGUUGUCUUUAAUGUACAAUGAACUGAGUGGGACUCUCCCUGAAGGAAUUGCUCAGCUUCCUUCUUUGGAUACUCUCUUCAUAUGGAACAAUUACUUCUCUGGCUCACUUCCUAAAAGCUUGGGGAUGAACUCAAAGCUGAGAUGGGUCGACGUUUCCACCAACAGUUUCCAAGGUGAGAUCCCUCAAGGUAUCUGCUCAAGAGGUGUUCUCUACAAGCUCAUGCUCUUCUCCAAUAAUUUCACUGGAACUCUGUCUCCGUCUCUCUCCAAUUGCUCCACGCUUGUUCGUAUCCGGCUUGAAGAUAACUCGUUCUCUGGUGUGAUCCCUUUUAGCUUUAGCCAGCUUCCUGAUAUCUCAUACAUAGACCUCUCUAGAAACAAACUCACAGGAGGCAUUCCUCAAGAUAUAUCCAAAGCUACAAAGCUCGGCUACUUCAACAUCUCCAAUAACCCUCAGCUAGGAGGCAAACUUCCACCGGAGAUUUGGUCCGUGCCUCGUCUUCACAACUUCUCUGCUUCCUCCUGCGGUAUCUCCGGAGAUCUCCCUGGAUUUGAGUCCUGCAAAUCCAUCACUGUUAUUGAGCUGAGUAACAACAACGUAUCAGGGAGUUUAACACCAGCUGUUUCAGCUUGCCGCUCUCUUGAGAAGAUGGAUUUAUCUGGAAACAUCAUGACAGGUGGGAUCCCUGAGUUGUUAGCUAAGCUUCCACAUCUGAAAGUUUUGGAUUUGUCAGACAAUAACCUGAGUGGUUCCAUCCCAUCUGACAAAAUGUUUCGAUCAAUGGGGAAACAUGCGUACGAAGGCAAUGCAAACCUGUGUGGUCGUCCUCUGAAACCAUGUGCAGCUUACAGUUCCAGGAAGCUUGUGUCUGUUCUGAUAGCUUGUCUAGCCUCGGUUGUAAUAAUGGUAGCUGGAACUUUGGGGUUGUACUAUGUUCGUCAGAGAAGUCAAAGUCAAUGGAAGAUGGUUUCUUUCGCCGGGCUCCCUCAUUUCACAGCGGAUGAUGUUUUGAGGAGCUUUGGUUCACCUGAACCUACAGAAGGAGCUCCUCAAGUAUCAGACUCGGUGUGCAAAACAGUUCUGCCAACAGGAAUCACAGUCAUAGUGAGGAAAAUCGAGCUGCAAGGCAAGAAGAAAGGUGUUAUGUUGAAAGUGUUAACGCAAAUGGGGAAUGCGAGACACGUGAAUCUGGUCAGAUUGCUCGGUUUUUGUUACAACAAUCAUCUCGUGUAUGUAUUGUAUGAUAAUAACUUGCAUACUGGGACUCUUGCUGAGAAGAUGAGGACGAAGAAGAGAGACUGGGAAACUAAGAAGAGGAUCAUCAAUGGAGUUGCAAAGGGGCUUUGCUUCCUUCACCAUGAAUGCUACCCUGCAAUUCCACAUGGAGAUGUGAAGUCGAGUAACGUCUUAUUCGAUGAUGAUAACAAUUUGGAACCUUGCUUGGGUGAAUUUGGGUUCAAAUACAUGUUACAUUUGAACAAAGGCUUGGUCUCUUCAACUGCAAACACAGCAGAUCAGAUGAAUCAAGUCAUAAGAGCGGAGCAGGAAAAGGACAUUUACAGCUUUGGAGAGCUUGUUUUUGAAAUCUUAACAAAUGGUAAGCUGAGGGAUGCUGGAAGAUUGAUACAUAACAAGCCAAAGGAUGUUCUUCUACGAGAAGUAUACGCAGAGAACAAAGGUUGUUCGAGUGAUUUUGAACAAGGAGAAGUCAAAAGAGUUGUUGAGGUCGCGCUUCUCUGCAUAACAAGUAACCAGUGUGACCGUCCUUGCAUGGAAGAUGCACUCAGGUUCUUAUCUGAAGCACAUAGUAGGUUGAAAUAG